AUGUCGGUGCGCGCACACCGAUCCAUGAUCGAUCGACACACCAGGUCCAUGAUCCACCACUGGCGCACCCGCUACAUACCGGGGGAUCAAGUCGGCAUACACAGUCUCGCAAAAGUCGCGGUAAAGACGUCUCACGCCUUACAUAAUACGAGCAAAGAGCAGGACGCGUACUACGUUUCAAAAAACUCCGACAUACGAAUCGAUUACAAGAAACCUCCACCCGUUGGCUCAAGUCGCAGACCACGUAAACAGUCACAAACUGAAGGAACUCAUCAAGCGGAUUCUCCUUUUGCGUCCGCUGGUGAUCAUAAGCCAAGCGACCGUUCUCAUACUCCAACAAAGUCUACAAAGAACAGUGGUGGGCCAAAGGUCAGCGAGACUGUGUCGGAGCAAUCCUCAGACGAGGAAUUCGCUAGAGCCCCAUCUCCAGGACCUCAGCAGUCGAGACCGCCGAGCAUAUCGAGCGAAUCCCCAGACGAAGGUAUGGCCCCCGGUCAAAAGCCGCCGGAAGAUCUCUACGAUGUUCUAGGCGUCACACGGUCGGAUGAUACAGCGACUAUCAAGAGGGCCUAUCACAACAUGAUCAUGAUAUGUCAUCCAGACAAAUGGUCCUCUUUGCCGCAGGGUGAUAAGGUCAAAGAGAAGAACAAAAGAAAGGCAGCGUACCUUAAUGCUACAAAGGAUGUACUGCUUGAUGCAGAUAAGAGGGCCUUUUAUGAUGAGACCGGGCUUAUGUCCUGA